AUGGCAUAUUUUGGGGAGAGCUUAGUGGGCAUUGCUUCUGAAUGGUACAUGGACCAGGAUAUUACCCGAUGGCAUAUCUGGGAUGCCCUCGCCCGGGAUUUCGUAAGGCAAUUCCAGUAUAACAUUGAUAUUUCCCCGGACAGGAACUCCUUAGCCAACUUGAAAAAGAAACCUUCAGAAAGCUUCAGAGAAUAUGUUGUUAAGUGGCGCGAGCAAGCGUCGAGAGUAAAGCCACCCAUGGACGAGACGGAGAUUGUAACAGUUUUCCUACAAGCGCAGGAGGUAGAUUAUUUUCAAAAUAUGAUGUCAGCAAUGGGCAAACCCUUUGCAGAAGCAAUUAAGAUUGGUGAGAUGGUAGAGAAUAGCCUCAAGACAUGGAGAAUUCUGAGUCAAUCCACCAUAAGAGCAACCUCCCAGGCCAUACAAGGCGGGGCGGGAGGGAUCCCAAGAAACAAGAAGAAAGAGGAAGUGUCCAUGGCAGCCUCCGGGAUGAGAAACAUCAUGCUCACAGACUUGCAUUCUCAGAAAAGGCAUCUUAAUACUAUCCCCACCAAGACAUGCACUAUGUUCCUCAACCCUAUGCAGUCAUGA